AUGUGUCCCAACCCAAUCUAUAUAAACGCAUGUAAUUGCAUUCAAUAAACCAGUCUAUUCUCAACCCUGAAAGUGUUCAUAUACUUUAUUGGCGACGAGCGGAGCAAAUAACGGCAGAGUGAAAAAAUUGAAAGUGUGGCCGACCGCGUGUGCAUGGAAAAAAGUGAUUUUGCACGAAAAGUGAACGAAAAUUAGCCAAAGAUGGACUCAUACCAGGAUAAGAAAGCAUCAGAAGUGGGCAAGAAAUUGCUGAGAGACGUCCCAAGAAAUCUAAAGAAGCGAAAUGUGCUUCAGGAGAGAUUUAAGUUCAACACACGACUCCAAGAAGAAGGGGAAACCGCGGAAGAGUUUGCCAAAGAUCUUCAAAUAUUGGCACAGUCGUGCGCAUAUGGGAAAUUCCUCGAAGAGAAGCUACGGGACAACUUUGUCUACGGUCUACGAAGUGCACGGAUAAAGAUCAAUCUUAUUUCCGUACUUAUUGCCGAAGAUGAAGCCACAUUCGAACAUGUGCGGAGAACAGCACGUGGGAUGGAGCUAAACGAGGAGAAAGAGAAAAUGAUGCAUCCGGAAAACCUUGAAACCAUCGCGAAGAUUGUCCACGGAAAGCAGAAGCAGCCAGAUGAAGAGGGAAAAGUAGGAAAAUCCUACAUAAAGUGUUCCAACGGUAUCAAGGAGGAACCACACGUGGCAGCUGAGGGCAAAGUGGCGACGGAAUCGUUCAGGAGGGAAUCUCCGAAGAAGAAAGAAGAGAAAGAGCGUGACAUCUACAGCAAUUCCGACGGAGAAGAAGACAACGAAGAUCGUCAAGAUGAAGGAAUAAACUCAUUGCGAUUAGGAUCAAUUCUUAAGGAAGGAAAAUUGCGCAACCAUACACCCAAUGAGGUGGAGCGAGAGGGCUCGGUAAGUGAUCCAGUUUAUAUUGAGGUAAGUAUGGGUAAGUAUAAAAUCAAAAUGGAAAUUGAUUGCGGUGCUCAUACAUCAGUAAUGCAUGUAGAUGAUUAUAAAAAAUAUUUCAGCGAGUUCCCAUUGCGAAAGUGUGCGUUAACUUUAUCAGUAGUUACGGGAGAUGAUAUUGCUAUUGUUGGGCAAAUUAAAGGGGAAAUAAAAAUUAAAUUUGGCUCAGGGAGAAAGCAAAAAUUCGAAAAAAUGAGAAUUGUGAUAAUCAGUUGUGCGCAUCGUUUUAUACCACUCUGUGGGCGCGAUUGGAUUAGUAGAAUUUACCCACAGUGGAGAAAUACAUUCAAGUGCAAUGCGAUUAAAGAGAAAGAGAAUAAGAGUACAAUCAUUGUCCGACUACGACGACGAAGUGCUCACCCAGUAGUUUUCUACUAAGCUACACACCCAGAUCAUCGGUUACGAUUGUUGAUGACGACACUAGCACGAACACGGACGAAUCUCAGAAGGUAUCUGGCAAGGAGCCAGUAAAGAGGAAGGACAAGUCAGAAUCCUCCAAGGAGGAAGGAUCAAAGCUUGUAAAAGGGGGAGAAGCAGUACGCAUGAAGCGUAAAGAAAAGGAAACACUUGAAGUGGGACAAAAGGUUUAUUAUUGUUCACCGUUUGGAUGGAGAAUAGGCACAAUUGCCAAGCGUUUGUCUAAAGUGGUUUAUAUAAUCACUAUAAAUGGAAAUCGAAUUAAGGUACACCGCGACCAACUGAAGAAGUACACUCCGAACAUUAAGUCUGGCGAAUCUUCACCAAAUCCUGUAGAAAGAUCAUCGACUACAAGUUCGACACCCUGUUCAACAGGAACCUCAUCACGAAGUCCGAGGAACUCAACAGACGAUGAUGUUUUCUAUAGUCCAGCGGCAUUGUCACACCCAACACCGAGAUUGAUAGAGACACCACGCCGAAGCGGCAGGUUAUUGUCAAGACCGCGAAUCAAUUAUAAAGUGUAAAUUAACUUUUUAAAAAAAUGUAAUAAUUUUUGAAUAAGCGAGGGGAAGUGAUGUGUCCCAACCCAAUCUAUAUAAACGCAUGUAAUUGCAUUCAAUAAACCAGUCUAUUCUCAACCCUGAAA